AUGCCGAAGGACAUCGAUGGGGAUAAUGAGGCCGAAGUGCUCGUGAGGGGAGACGCCGGGGGGGCGCAGCAGACCGGCCGCACCCCUGGCUCGCCUGCGCUCGCCGGGGACAGGGUGUUCCCAGCCACUCCAGGCAUCCAGCGGCGCGGGUCAGGCUGCGCCCUGGAGAGCACCGUCGACGUGUCGGCUGCAUGGCCGGGGCCCCGCUCGUGGAACGACUCCUGUGAGGCCAGCAGCCUCUCCAGCAUCGUGGACUGCAUCCAGCCCCUCCUCUUCGAGAUAGCCGGCUUCCUGACGGAGUCGCCCAGGGACCUCGCCCCCUUGUGCGCGAUGUCUGCCAGCUUCGUGAGCGCCCAGAUCAGGCCGGUGGCGAACUCGCUGUGGAGCGACGUCUACAGGAGGAGGUGGCCCACGUUCCACGAGUGCCUCGACUUCCAGGGCCCCCAGGACUGGCGCAGCGUCUAUCCCCAGAGGCGCCUCGCGGCUGCGCCUCGCGGCUGCGCCUCGCGGGCGCGCCUCGCGGGCGCGCCGCGCGCGCGUGGGUCGGCAGACGUCGAGACCCUGAGCGGCAGGCUGGAGUGCACGCUCGAGGUGUUCGAGAGGGAGAAGAAGCUCGGGCGCCUGGGGGGAUCAACGGCUGCACAUCGACACCGCUGCUUCGCGGAGGCUCGAUGGGACGCGGACUGGGCAGGGCUCCGUGCGGGAGGCUGCGCGGGCGCAGCCCGAGGCCUGGCGGCCCGAGGCCCUGAGAGCCCCGCUCCCUCGCGCCAAAAACUGCCCAGGUUCGCGAUGGCCGCCAUGCCAGCUCGGCUGCAGUACGAGACGUCGCUCGGCGCAUACCUGGCAAGGUACCUGAGCGCCAGCCAGGUCCCGCCCGAGCCCAUCCCCCCGCACGAGGAGCACCGGCUCCGCUUCUGCCCGCGGGGCGUGCGCGGCCGGCUGCGAUGCGGCCCCCCGUCCGAGGGCGGCGACGCGAAGACCGAGGCCACCGCGCCGACGGAGUCGCUCAAGGACCCCCACGGCUGCGACCUGAGCCGCUACCCCUACCGCGUGCUCGGGGGCCUCGAGGGCCUCGAGGUGGGGCGGAGCGUGGAGCUGCAGUGGAAGAUGCAGGAGGGCAGCCCGUUCGGCUGGUGGUACGGCAGGCUUGACGCCCUCGCGGUGAAGCCGGACGGAUUGGCUCAGGCGACCAUCACGUUCAACCAUUUUCCAGUCAAUUCGCGGUGGUACCGAUUGGAUGUAGUCAUCGGGGAUACAAGGGUGCGGGAUUGCUCCUUCGGUGGGUACACGGGCGGCAUCCGACCAGUGAGCGAGGACGAGGACCGCCAGUGCAUGAAGUUCUUUCCCAAGGAGCCAGUUGUGUUCUGA